ACAUGUUUAAUUUUAUUACCAGUCCAGCCAUCUAGUGCGGCGGAGGUCUUGGAUCUACUCCAUUGACUUCUGCCAGCCUAGUACUAAUUAGGUGGUUCACUUCGAUUUUGGUGAUAGUUAAACUUUUUUUUUGUGUUGUUUUGUGAAAGUGGUUUUGUGUUUGUUUUGUUGUGUUCUUUUCCUGAUUUGGAUUUUUUCUUUUGGAUCCUAAGAUAAAACCAUGUCUUUUAUAGAAAUAGCAUUCCAAGCGGAGAUCUGCCGGCAUGAAAUAGAUGACCCUGAGUAUGAGGAGUAUGCGCGGAGGAACUGCAACGAGACUCGGGAGACCAGGGCGAAAGGAAUCGAGGAGCUGCGACGCAUGAUAUACGAGCGAGGAGAGUGUCAUUCCCGGCGCAUGGACGACGCAUAUCUGCUGAGAUUUCUGCGCUGUCGCCGAUUCAUACCAGCACUGGCCCAUAAACUUGUAGUGAGGUACGAGGACUUCAGGAAGAAGAACAGCUCGCUGUACCAGGGCGUGGAGUGCUUCAAGCUGAACAAGCUCAAGCACGUGUACGCCGGCAUGCUGCCCGAGAACCCGGUCAAUGGACGCAUCACGCUCAUGAGAUUUGGCCGAUGGGACUCAAAGGCGGUGCCGAACAUAGAAGAUGUGGUGCGAUGCGCGUUGCUAAUGGACGAGUUAGCAGUCAUGCAGCCAAAACUACAAAUCCUUGGAGUGACGAUCAUCGUUGACCUUGAGGGCCUCAGUUGGGGGCGACACGUGCGCCAUCUGACGCCGACCGUGGCCAGUCAGAUCGUCUCGUUGAUGGGGAUCAACUUCCCGAUCUUCAUGCACGGCAUCCACAUGAUCAACUACUCGUGGAUCCUGAACACUUUCUUCUACGUGUUCAAGCAGUUCAUCCCCGCGGCUGCGAUGGACCGCAUCCACUUCCACGGAUACGACAUGUCGUCGCUACACAAACACAUCUCCCCUGAAUUCCUGCCGCCCGAGUACGGUGGCACGUGCAGAAACAUAGUGGCCAUAGAAGAAUGGAUAGACAAAAUCAAUAAAUAUAAAGACGAUUUUGUUGUCAGUGAAUUGAGGGAUCUAGGGUUUGUUAUAAACGAGGAAGAUGACAAGGUGGAUAAGCGUAUACCGACGCUGAGUAGAGAAUUAUUGUUAGGUCGUUAAGAUUAAUGUUAAAUAGUAAAUUUUAUAGGAGAUCUACAGAGUAAGAUUUGUCCACUAUAAUGUUGUAAGUAUGUUGCAAGAUUAGUUUUAUGGCUUUUAAGUUUUAAUGUACAAAUACACUUUCUAAUUUCGUUACUUUCUUAAUUGUUAUUCGUGUUUCGUGU